GAUCUCACAGCUGCUAAAUCUCCAAUGGUUUGGCAGCAGCCAAGCAAAUGUCAGCAGUGUUCCCCUCCUCCUCACUUAUUCACUCUGUCCCUCUGCCAUGUAGUUAUUUAUCUCCUUCUUCCAGCGAUGCUCUGUCCAGGGGACCUCUGACUGUACUACACAUAUAUAAUUGGGGAAAACCACUGCUGAAAAUGGAGAAGGAAUGCAAAGCGUCAAAGCAGUACGGAUCACUAGAAUCCACUGUGUGGAAACCCAGUGAGCAAGCCACAGGUGAAGAUGUUAUAUCCAUGGCAGAUUCCACAACCACCGUAGAUGAUAUUGAAGAUGAGCUGUUUAAGAUUGAGAGGAUCCGGGAGAUUUUGGUCAGGAGAGAGUCCGAGCUGCGAUACAUGAUGGAUGAUUUUCAACUGUGCCAAGAAAUUACACGUCUAAAGAAAGAGCUUCAGAAUUUGGUCUCUAAAUCAGAGAAGGAGAAGACUCGGGAAGAUCGGCAGAAAGAAGAGGAGCUCCUGCAUCGUAUCCACAAACUGGUGGAGACUCGAGAUUUCUUAGUGGACGAUGUUGAGUUUGAGCGGUUACGGGAGAGAGAGGAGGACAAAGAAAUGGCGGAGUUUCUACAGAGUAAGCUUUCCAAAAGUUAUCUGAAGAAAGCAGUCCACAGAAAGGAAAAGCUGUCUGCUUUAACCUCCCGUUCCCAGCAAACCACCAACCCUUACGUCACAAAAACCGGAUUAACGCUCCUAAAAGAGUGCUGUGGAUUCACCUGCUCCAUUAUGUAACGCUGUCAUGUUACUCUCCACUAAAGAUUCAAGCUGAGCCUUGUUCUGAUUGGCUGGAACACUAAAGGUUACCUGAGAGCCAGUGACCAUGUUUUUCGCCUUUCUAUACAUAUGUGUUAAACUAUUUUGCAGAUGGGACCUGCAUAGAUUUUUACACUUUAUGCUAGGCAUUGAGAGACCCUGGCGGCAGUUAUGUGUAUAUCCUAAGUUGAUUUGAUUUAAGUAAAGGGUCUUUAAUCUGGCAGUAUAAUGGGGGUAAUUCUGAGUUGAUCGCAGCAGCAAAUAUGUUAGCAAAUGGGCAAA